CAAGACCCCAAAUGUGCUCCGAACACGUCAAUCUCUCUCCCAAAACCUUCGUUUCGAAGCUCUCUUUCAAUAACACGAUUCCACGAAGAUCUUCAUCUUCAAUCUGGUAAAACCCAACCGAUCUAACUCUCCGAAUCUCAUCUCUCUAUUUUUCGCUCUCUGUAAUGCAGUUGGCGACAAUCAAGCACGACUGGGAGAUCGGCCGGCUCGUCAUCUGAUCAGAGCCGACUAAUUGAGAAUCAACCAUUCUUGUAUUUUUGAAUGGGGUCGGUGCCGUCAACGCCGCUCAAAAGCGGCAACGCGCGGCCACAGGAUACAGCGGAGUUCCUGAUCGGAACGUUCGUCGGAGAGGAAUCGUUCCCUAUCUCCUCCGAUUACUGGCAGAAACUCCUCGAACUCCCUCAAAACCUUCACUGGCCCUCCCACCGUGUUCUCCAGGCCUGUCAGCUUUUCGCGCAAAACAACCAAUGCACCAGGCACCUGGCAAAGUUUUUGAUCCACCUUUCAUGGUGUUUGCAAGACUGUAUAUCAGCUUCUGGUGCUCCGUCCGAUGUAUACGAUAAGGCUGUUAAUGCUGUCUACAUCACAUCUGUUUUCUUAAAACACUUGAUUGAAAAUGCCAAAAGUAAUGACAUUGAGGAUUUGUACUUGUCCUUAGAUGAAAAUGAACCUAUACCAAAGGACUUGAUCCAAGAUGAAAGCAUUGAAGAUCUAAUUAUCCAUAGGGUGCUUAGUUUUAUCAGCUCAGUAGCUGUGAGUCCCAACACGUACCUUCUACACUUGGAGCUUCUUAAUUUCAUGCUGAUUGCAAUGUCAACUCAGCUUCUUUGUGGGCCAUCUCCAGGACCAAAAGAUGUGAACCCAUUUAUUGACGCAGCAAUGGUUCAGGAUAGCUCUUUGGUUAGUUUGGUUGUGUGCAAACUGCUGCUCAAUUACAUCUCACAACCUGGCAUGCCUUUCAAAAGUGCAUCUUAUUCGAUAUUUUAUGAAGGAAAUCAGCCUAGUGUUCUUCAAAGAGUAGGUUCUGCAGCUGCAAAUUUUGUUUUAUUGCCUUUGAGUUAUUUGGGCAAUUCAAAAGGUGAAUACUCGAAAAGUCCAUUGGCAGACUGCAGUCUGCUUGUGCUUCUUGUGCUCAUUCAUUAUCAUAAAUGUGUUGUGAGCAAUGACUCCAAGACGGACAAGAGUGUUGAUAGUGCUACUUCAGAUUCCCUUCUAAAAGAGAACACAUAUUUUUCUGACAACCAUUACUGCAAAGCCUUGGAAAAUGCAAAAGACGUUGAAUUUGACCGUAUAGAUGUUGAAGGGAAUGCACAUAGUGGUCCAGUUGUGAGGUUACCAUUUGCUUCUCUGUUUGAUACUCUUGGCAUGUGCUUGGCUGAUGAGGCUGCUGUCCUAUUGCUUUAUUCAUUGCUGCAAGGGAACUCUGACUUUUUGGAGUAUGUCUUAGUGCGAACUGAUUCAGAUACAUUGUUGAUGCCCCUUUUGGAGGCUUUAUAUAAUGCUCCUUGGAGGACACCAAAUCAAAUCUACAUGUUGCUGAUUAUACUUCUCAUCCUAAGUCAGGAUUCUUCAUUUAAUGCAAGCAUUCAUAAGCUGAUAUUGCCUGGUGUUCCAUGGUACAAAGAACGACUUCUGCAACAGACAUCUCUUGGUUCCCUGAUGGUCAUUAUUCUCAUAAGGACUGUGCAAUAUAAUCUAUCUAAGUUGCGGGAUGUUUAUCUUCAUACAACCUGUCUUGCAACAUUGGCAAACAUGGCACCUCAUGUCCACCGUUUGAGUUCAUAUGCAUCUCAGAGGGUGGUCAGCCUUUUCUUUAUGCUCUCACGCAAGUAUAACAAAUUAGUGGAGCUAAGAGAUAAUAAGGUGAUUCUAGGCAAAGGCAACUCAAUAAACAGCCUUUCAGAAGAUGUGUCAGCGGAGUUGCAUAUAUAUACAGACUUCCUCAGACUUGUUCUUGAAAUUUUAAAUGCUAUUUUGACUUAUGCCCUUCCACGGAAUCCGGAGGUUGUUUAUGCGAUAAUGCACAGACAGGAGGUCUUUCAGCCUUUCAAGAAUCAUCCUCGCUUCAAUGAGCUGCUUGAAAACAUUUAUACUGUAUUAGAUUUUUUUAAUAGUCGCAUGGAUGCCCAAUCAAUGGAUGGUGAAUGGUCAGUAGAGAAAGUAUUGCAAGUCAUAAUUCUUAACUGCCGAUCUUGGCGGGGUGAGGGGAUGAAGAUGUUUACGCAACUACGCUUCACAUAUGAACAAGAGAGUCAUCCAGAAGAGUUCUUUAUUCCAUAUGUGUGGAAACUAGUUUUAUCCCGUCGUGUACUCAGCUUCAAUUCGGGAGCCAUAAAUUUGUUUCCAGUUGAUCCACCUAUGGAAGUAAAAAAAAGAGAAUGAUGGAGAGGUAAGUAGCAAGUCCCGCAAUGAUGAGCUGAGCAUGCACGGACUUCUCCUUGAUCCGUAGGGGGGGGUGCGAUAAAAAUCGUCGACCAGAAAGAUUCAUGGUUCCUGGUGCGUGCAUUUGUAAAUAUAUGAAAUAGGAGAGUAUAUUCUCCUCAAUUCUUUUUGUUCAUAUUUUGCUACAAUGUAGAGGCCCUUCGCACAGAAAACAAUUGACAUAAUCAGUGUAACGGAUAAGUAUGAUGCUGCUCAUCAAACACCAGAAAAAAAGAUAAGAAAAGAGAAUUACAUAUGA